AUGACCAUCGACUGCGUCACUGUGAGCACCGUCACGGCAGGCUGCACUUGCGCUAACCCGCCGAUGACAGUGUUCCAGUCGUGGGGAUGCGAGAAGGGGUGUGAUGCGUUGCCGUCCGGGUGUAAGACGUUGUAUGAGGUUGUUUUGGAGGCGGGAGGGUGCUCGGGGGCGGGUACGGGGGUGGGGACGGUGACUUCGGGGGGUUUUGGAAACGGUACGGCGGCGAGCAGCACGGUUUUGGGAUCGAUCUCGAGUGGUCAACCUAUUGGACCCAUUCAACCUUCGAUUUCACGAGGCCCGAUUAGCACUAAUGCUGCUGGUCGGCGGGCAAUGCCCUUUAGGUUUUGGUGA